UUGGAAUCUUUUCCAUCUGGGUCAACACCAGAUGUGAUUAUACUCUGACAAAGAUUUGCAAAAAGUGGAAGAACUACGUACGAUGAUCCAAAUUCCAAUCAUUCAGAUGUUUCAAUGAAGAGCAAAGAAGACCCAAAAAGCAAAAGUUGAAAAUUUUCUUCUGGAAAAGAUCGAGAAAUCGUAAGAUGGGUCUCUCCGGAGAUAAUCUCACGGGCAUCGUUUUGGCGCUAUCGUCAAGUUUGUUCAUCGGCUCAAGCUUCAUUAUCAAGAAGAAGGGUCUAAGACGAGCUGCUGCUGCGACUGGUGUUAGCGCUGGUGUUGGUGGGUUUUCCUAUCUCUUGGAGCCUCUAUGGUGGUUGGGCAUGAUCAUGAUGAUUGUGGGUGAGGUCGCAAACUUUGUGGCGUAUGCAUUCGCCCCAGCUGUUCUCGUUACCCCUCUUGGGGCUCUCAGCAUUAUUGUCAGUGCUGUGCUGGCUCAUUUUGUCUUGAAUGAAAAUUUGCACCAGCAAGGGAUUUUGGGAUGUGUGAUGUGCAUUAUCGGUUCAGUUGUUAUUGUCGUACAUGCACCAGAAGAGCAUCCGAUCACUUCAGUUCAUGAGAUAUGGGUUAUGGCAACUCAAAUUUCCUUCUUGUCUUACGUGGGAGCCGUCAUUGUCUUGGUUCUGAUCUUGAUCUUCCAUUACGCCCCACGAUAUGGGCAGACAAAUGUGCUAGUUUUUAUCAGCAUUUGUUCUCUGAUGGGUUCUCUCUCUGUGAUGAGUGUUAAAGCCCUUGGAACGGCACUCAAGUUGACAUUUGAGGGAAAUAACCAGUUAGUCUAUCCAGAGACAUGGUUCUUCAUGCUUGUAGUUGCAACAUGUGUGGUCACACAGAUGAAUUAUCUAAAUAAGGCUCUUGAUACAUUCAACACUGCCAUUGUCUCCCCAAUAUAUUAUGUCAUGUUCACUUCCCUGACUAUAGUAGCCAGUGUGAUAAUGUUCAAGGAUUGGGAUGGCCAAAGUGUAGGAAGCAUCACAUCUGAGAUAUGUGGAUUCAUAGUGGUGCUAUCAGGGACUAUUUUGCUACAUUCAACUAGAGACUAUGAGAGAACUUCGUCAUUUAGAGGCCAAGCAAGCUAUACACCGGUAUCCCCAACUCUAAGUACUGGGCUAUGUGGAGGGAGCUGGGAAAUGUUUAAGCCUGAUGAGGAAGACGAAGAAGCUUUCACGAGGAAUCACGAAACGUACUAGCUGGCAUGCAUUUUGAUCAACAUCUUUGCUCAAAACUGGAGAAAGGUGUUCCGGAUUUUGCUCUGAAGAUUGACACAUUGCUCUCCUGAGUAGAUAUUGUGAUUUUUCAUAAUCUCUCUAUCUGAAAACAUUAGUCAUGGAAGGGGAUAUUUCUGUUCGAGGAAAGCAGAAUCUGGUUCACCUGCAGGGUCAAUACUAUUGUUGGUCAGGUUCAUGCUCUGGGGAUGACAUUUUGCUCUCCUUGCUGAUUCUUUUAUUGAUUUCUUGGGUUCUUUCUAUAUUUUUUAUUUUGUUUGGAAUUGUUUUCUCAUGUCGGGGUUGAUUCCAUGUAGAUUUGGGAAUGUGAUUAUUCUUAUUGUGAAUAAGAUUCAGGAUGGUGAAGAAGUUGGUAGGAUUCA